UCUCAGAUACAGGGUCUGAUUUUGGGGUGCUUCUGUGUGGAGCCCAGAGUUGGACUCAUUGAUCCUUGUCAGUCCUUUCCAGCUUGGGAUAUUCUGUUAUCCUAUGAUUCAAAAGAGAGAGUGAAACAUCUCUACAGCCUGCUGUGCAACCUUGCGUGUCCGAAAUACUUCAGUGCCUGCACAGCCUGGAGACUAGCAAGAAAAAUACCGAAAAACUUACCAAACCUUAAACACUGAGCUUUCUGCCAGACAUUUCCAAAGAGGAGCAUCUCCCAGCAACCUUUGAAGCUUGGCUACUUGAAGCCAUGGGUUUCAUUCUGAGUUAAUGGUGUCCAACACAGGAGGUUGGAGUUAUGAAGGACCAUUAUAGACCUCUCUUGGUGACCUAAGGAAAUGACCACAGCAUUACAAGCAAACAAUUUGAAACUGGCUCUUUUCCAGCAUUUAACUGCACACAGAAGACAAAUAGAGCUGCGCGUUGGAGGAGAUAAGGAUACUGACCAGCUCCACGAGGCCCUGACCAGAACCCCCGAUCACAGCAGCCCCAGCACAGCCCGGCCGAGGCCGGUACGGAGGCGGGCUGAGGGCUGGGCCCCCCGAGUACCCCCGAGGGAGGGGCCGCAUUAAGGCAGGGGUGGCCGCCCGUGGCCGACAGAGCCGCGACGGCAGCGGAGCUGGGAGCGGGGAGCGGUGGGCGAUGGCGUGGGGCGGCCGCCUGUGGCUGUGCGCGGCCGUGCUGGGCUGCCUGGCGGCGGCGAGGCCCCACCAGGGAGUUCUUGAAUGCCAUCCUGGUGGACAUCAGAUCCUGCGGAGCCCUUACCGAAGUGUUGAUUUUGAUUCAUCCCACCUCCAGCAGUCAGCUAUUCAGGAUUUAAUAUGCGACCAUUCCCUAGCACCAGGAUGGUAUCGCUUUAUGAUUUUUGAUAAGCCUGCUGAGAUGCCCACCAAGUGUGUGGAGAUGAAUCACUGUGGUACUCAAGCCCCUGUCUGGUUGUCUCUGAAGGAUUCAGAAUCCAUGCCUCAUCCUGGUGAGAUCAAGCAGCUCACAGCCUGUGCGACAUGGAAAUUUUUCUUCAGCACUUCCAAAGACUGCUGUCUUUUUCGAAUUCCUGUCAGCGUGAGGAACUGCGGAGAUUUCUUUGUUUACUUACUACAGCCCACUCAAGGAUGCAUGGGUUAUUGUGCAGAAGGUAGGGCGGCUCCUUCAACAUCUCCAUCUGUGUCACCACCACUACCAGCCAUUCCUGAGGUUGCAGCAGAGUUGAUCAAAGGGAGUAUUUACCUAAGGUGUACAUUUGGCAUUCCUUUUGCAAACAGCUUGGUCGGAUUCAUUGUGACUUGGUCAAGACUUUCUCCUGAAGGCAUCAAAGAAGAACUGAAACAUGAGACAGCAGUUCAUACAUUCUCACUCUUAGAGUUAGAUGGGAUAAACGUCAGACUUGGAGACAGAGUCUACUGUAGCAGUUCUGCUUUCUUCAUGGAGAAGCCAAGCAUACAGAGCAGUCCAGUUGAGAGCAAGGAAUUCUUUGCUGGCAUUAAGAUACAUCCAGAAGUGAAUGAUAUAUCAGAAGAUGGCAAGGAAUACAGGUUGUCAAUAGAAAGCAGAAUCCCUGUUCCUUGUCCUGAAUUUGACCAGGUUGAAAGUGACUGCAGAAUAUCACUAAGAUUGAAUACUGUUGAUGAAGGUAAAGAACAGCUAGGUUUAAACUUGGCUCUUUCUUCUUGUCGUGUGGAUCUUCUCCGAAAACCAUGCAGUAAUGGAAUCUGUAGUCAAGCUACAAUUUAUUUCACUGCUGUGACAGACUUUAUGCAGGAUGGAGACAGAAUUACCAGAAUUGCAGUCGAACCUAUAUCCAGUGAUAAUUUCCUGUGGAAUGGCUACAUUCCAGAAAGCACAAAGAUUACAGUAAAGGAUCUACCAGCUGCCUACUGCUACUCAUUUACUGACCCUCAUAUAAUUACAUUUGAUGGAAGACUCUAUGACAAUUUUAAAACAGGAACAUUUGUUCUCUGCAAGAGUACAGCUCGAGAUUUUGAAGUUCAUGUUCGCCAGUGGGACUGUGGAAGUCUUCAGUAUCCAGCAUCCUGUAACUGUGGCUUUGUUGCCAAAGAAGGAAGUGAUAUAAUUGCAUUUGACAUGUGCAGCGGUCAGCUACAUGAGUCACAGCCACACUUAUCCAUAAUAAGUAGAGACACAACAGGAAGCAAUGUCAGAAUCACUGAAUCCUACCUAGGAAGAAAAGUUACAGUUUUGUUUUCUUCUGGAGCUUUUAUUCGUGCUGAUGUGAGUGAAUGGGGAAUGAGUAUAACGCUUAGGGCACCCAGUUCAGAUUACAGAAAUACAAUGGGACUCUGUGGCACCUUUGAUGGAAGUGCAGAGAAUGACUAUCACACUGCCAAUGGGGUGGAAAUCCCAAACAAUUCUGAUGCUCCUUUGUCUUUUAUAAAGGAAUGGAGAAUUCCACCAGGAAGUAGCUUGUUUGACAAGACACCUGCUUUGUUACCGACUUCUAGGAAAACAGACUUCUGUGACUGCACACUUGAAGAUGCUGGAUUAGAUCGAUCAGCAAAUAAACUGGAGACAGUUUCUAAAUCGGAACUUCCCUUGUCUUGUAAAGACAGUGAAAAUGGUAGAUUUCUUUCUUUGAUACCAGGACUGGAUGUUACUGCUGAGUAUCUCAGUCCUGUUGAUCUUGUCAAAGGCUUAAACAAACGUUCAUCUGUGCAUGAAACGGAUUCCUCUACACUUCUGCAGAAGGACAAUAAUCAAACCAAAUUUCACAAAUCAUCAUCAGUAAGCACACAUGUCUCUGCAACCUCAGAAAUAAGUUCUAGCAUAGAGAAAGAAGGAACUUCAAGCUCAGACAUUAAAAGAAUUUCUCACAGUUACAGUAGUCAUCUUCACAAAAGUCAGUCUGUUACAAGUAGAAGGAAGCGCCAAAGUUAUUAUGAAUAUCAUCCAGUAUUUCUAUUCCAAAGUCUAAGCCAAACGGAUUUAGAGGGGUAUAGGUACUUUUUCCCAGAGGACCACACCACUGACAAAGACAAGAAGUUUCUUCCUUCGUGGCCCACACCUUCUGGCCUCACUGAGUCUAGCGCUCUGGGGCUCUGCCAGCAGGCAGUAGCCAAUUCCAGUAUAGGAAGAGCUUGUGGUGGCCUUCUUGGUAGGAGAAUGGAAGAUGCAAUCAAUAUCUGUGUUAAAGAUUUACUGUUGAAAGAUGACCUCAGAUGGGCAGAAGCUUCAUUAGCUCUUUUAGAGAAUGAAUGUGAGAAGAGAGUUUUAGAAGAAAUAAACUACAAUCAACAGGAACUUGAAGGGUUUGUUGAGAGCCUGCUUAUUGCAUUGAAGUGUCCCAGUCUGUGCAGUGGUAAUGGAGAAUGUACCGAAUGGGGUUGUGCAUGCUUUCAAGGCUAUGGUUCGUACGACUGCAGUAUGCUGUCUGACCAAGCUCCAGAAAUUACAGAGCUGGAAAAUGCUGGGCUAUGUGAUAUUCGUCAGUAUGACUGCACAUCAGUGAGGGCUUUUGGACAUGGCUUCAGGGAGUCAUCAAAUCUGAAGUGUGAAAUUAUCAGAUUGCAGUAUAGUGAUAGCCAGUGGAUUCCUGGAGAGCCUCUGAUUAUGUCAGCUGCCUUCCGAAAUGUUGGGACUGUCGACUGUGAGUUACCAAACAGUGGCCCACAAUCUGAUGUCAUGGAUCUGGUUGAUGAUAAACCCAUUGCCUGGUGGAAAAUAAAGAUUUCUAAUGAUGGAUUAACUUACAGCAAUUCCAAAACGAUGAUAAUAUACGAUGGAGCCUGUCAGAUAUGUGAAGUACAGGAAUCUGGAUUAUGUGCACUAAAGGAGAAAACAUGCAACAUAGAUGGACUCUGUUAUGGUGAAGGUGACACGAAUCCAACCAGCCCUUGCUUACUCUGCAGACCUGACACAUCAAGGUUAACUUGGUCAGUUGUUGAAAACAACCAGCCUCCAGUGCUUGAAACUUUUCAGGGUAUGCUACAGACUUUUUAUGGAGAAGAUUUUGUAUAUCAGUUUUUGGCUUCAGAUCCAGAGGGCUCUGCUAUUCUUUUCACAUUGGAGUCUGGUCCUGAAGGUGCCAGUCUUUCCCCAUCAGGUCUCCUUUUGUGGAAAGCUGUGUCAAAGAAUCCCCAUAAAUUAACAUUUUCUUUGACAGAUGACUGCAAUGCGGAGACUAAGGUAGAAAUAGAGGUCAGGGUAAAUUCAUGUGAUUGCCUAAAUAAUGGCUCAUGUGUGACAAACAUUAAUUUCCCACCUGGAAGUGGGAGAUACCUGUGUGUGUGUGUGGCUGGAUUCGAAGGUGAUCUCUGUCAAGUGAACACUGAUGACUGCAAGAUCCACCAGUGUGGUAUUGGCAAAUGUGUGGAUGGAAUAAACGGCUAUCACUGUGAAUGUCCAGCUGAACUUCAAGGUGAAAAUUGUCAAGAUGACAUAGAUGAAUGUGUAUCCAAUCCUUGCUUCCCUGGACUAUUUUGCUUCAAUACUUUUGGUUCUUACUAUUGUGGUUCAUGCCCGAGUAAUCUACAUGGAGAUGGGAAGUCAUGCUACGAAACCUUUGAAGACAUUUCUGUUGAAAGAAAAGAUUCCAGAGGAGAAGCUGGAGAGAAUAAAGGUUUUGAACAGUCAUCAUUUGACAAGGUCAUAAGCUCUGUUCCCAGUUCUACAAAUGUCCCCGAAAGAUUUAUUUCUAUAGAAAUGGCCAAUACUAGCACUCUAUCAGCCUCCAGAUCAAAAACAGUCACCACUGAGAAGCCAUAUAAUUCUCAGAGAAGUGCUUCUGUGCAACCAAAUGUUACUGAAAACAUUGCUCAUGCUCUUGGUAGCACCAGUGGACACCUUACUGAAACAAAAGGGGCUUCUCCAGAAAACACAGCGAUGACAGUUUCUUCAAGGAGCCAUGCUGUGUCAGCUGAGAAGAAAACAAGGGCACAAGUUGAGGCCUACAGUCAUUUGGAGACUAGCAAGAAGGCUUCUGUUAAUAGUAGAACAAAUACAAGCAAAGGGCUUUCUUUGCCAUACAAAGUAUUUAAAGGUGGAAAUGCUCACAGAGUCCAGCACUUGUUAGCCAAGCAUAGAAUGAGUCCUUUACCUUUUGCUCUUGUUGAAGUGACUGUCCCACCAGAAAUUCUUCCUGAAGACUCAGAUGAAAGAGUGCUUCCUAAAGCAGUAACCUGUGCUGAUCUACCUUGUUUUCCUGGAGUACCUUGUGAGCCGAGUCAGGAUGGUAGAGCCAACUGUGGUCGUUGCCCUUAUGGUUAUUAUGGAGAUGGCUUCACUUGUAAAGGUACUGUGAAGGACUGUACUAAAUGCUUUGCUGAGAAGAAUUUUUUUAUAUAUAGGUAUGUUUAUUGCGCUAAGCAGGACAUGGUUAUGUUGAAAUGCCACUGUUGGUUUCUUUAUUCCCUUCAUUGUUUUCUUAAUUGCCUUUCAGCAAUAUGUAGACAAACAUGUGGCAAAAAUAUGGAGUGUGUGGCACCCAAUAUUUGCAAAUGCAAGCCUGGUUAUGCUGGUUAUAACUGUCAGACAGCUCUAUGCAGACCUGAUUGCAAAAACCAAGGAAAGUGCAUUAAGCCCAAUGUCUGUGAAUGUCUACCAGGUUACAGUGGCUCCACUUGUGAGGAAGCACACUGUAAACCACCCUGUAAAAAUGGAGGCACGUGCCUGGCCAGAAAUCUCUGUACCUGCCCAUAUGGUUUUGUAGGACCACGAUGUGAUACAAUGAUUUGCAACAGGCACUGUGAAAAUGGCGGUGAAUGUCUCACUCCAGACAUCUGCCAGUGUAAAUCUGGAUGGUAUGGACCUACGUGCAGUACAGCGAUGUGUGACCCUGUGUGUCUCAAUGGUGGUUCCUGUACGAAGCCAGGUGUUUGCCUCUGCCCACAUGGAUUUUUUGGAGCCCAGUGCCAGAAUGCUAUCUGCAGCCCACCUUGCAAGAAUGGUGGUCACUGCAUGAGAAACAACAUUUGUACUUGUCCUGACGGUUACACAGGCAGAAGAUGUGAAAAAAGUGUCUGCGAGCCAAGGUGUAUGAAUGGAGGAAGGUGCGUAGGGCCCAAUGUUUGCUCUUGUCCUUCAGGGUGGGGUGGAAAAAGAUGUAAUACACCAAUCUGUCUUCAGGAAUGUAAGAAUGGUGGGGAGUGCAUUGGACCAAGUACAUGUCAUUGUCCUCCACAGUGGGAAGGAAUCCAGUGUCAAACACCUGUGUGCAAUCUGAAGUGUCUGUUUGGAGGCAAGUGUGUGUCACCUAAUGUGUGCUCCUGUCGUCCUGGUUACACUGGAGUCCUCUGUGGGAAGAAAGUUCAGGUAACUGUAGUGUCAAGAUGCCAUUACAGAUGUGGCAAUUUGGAAGGCAUAAUUUAGUCCACCCUUGUCUAGAAAAUCAGCACCAAAUAUACCAGGAGUAUUUUGUCUUGUUUCUUCAUUUCAGUCUCCAGUGAGAGAAAGUUCCUAAAAUUCCUGACUUACUCUAUUAUUUUAUCCAUUCCAGUACUUUGAGAAUUUUUCCCAACACCUUUGUUUCUAAUGAAGUUGAUCAUUUCUUUUCCUGGUGCAACCAUUUAGGGAAUGACUUCAACCAUUACUCUUUUCUAGACCGUAGCUCAUUUUGGGGAGGAGUAUCCCAUUCCUGAUUUUCUCAGCUGGUCAGGUCAAGCCCUAAUAUUUUUUUUAACUACCUACCUACCUACACUGCCACUCAGUGCAUCCCCAUUUCAUGCAAACAUUUAUUAUUGCCAAUGGUAACUUUGGGCAUAGUUUUAUUUUUUUUGCAUGGUAGUGAACCAUGCCCAUUCCUCUGUUCUGUCAUGUUCCUUUGUUUGGGCACUAUCUUUCACUGAAGUUAUUUAAAUCUUAUUAUAACUGUUUUGUGACUUCUGAAGUAGAAAGCAUUCUACUUUUGUCUGCAGCAUCUAUGAUUCUCCUUUUAAUUUCAGCAGAUUUAGAUACUUUUAUGAUGUAGAAUUCACUUGGAGGAGCUGGAAGAUACCUAGUUUUUGCACUGCAUGCUGGUAACAUUCCUCUACAUUCAUCUGUAAUUACAUGCCAGUGUUCAUGGUUGCACUGUUUUCUUUUAAAAACCAUUCAGCUCUUUGGUCUCCUGCAGCAACCGAAACAAUGUAAUCUGUCCUUCCCAUUUCCUUUCUUUUUAAUACUUUGCCACAGUCUUUUAAUGUAAAGUCUAUACUGUGACUUCUAGCUACACCGGUAUUUUUUAGUGAGGAACAGUUAAAAAACAGGGAAAACAGCAACAGAUUUUUACUUUCAUCCAAGCAUUAAUUUCUCCCAGUUGAAACUACUAGGAGUUGAGAUCUUGUUUUGCUUUAUCAAGUACAAUAUACAAUGGCAUUAACAUGUCUGGUCAGAUGUCAGAUAAUUUGCCGGAGAUGGGGGGUAAAUAUGUUUUAGAAAUCAAAACAAUAAAUAACUGCUCAUACACACCUUGAAAAUAUAAAACUAUACGUCAUGAUCACUGUAAAGAUAAAACUGUAAUGUUUGUGGCAUGGAUUUCCAAAAUGCAUCAUAAAAAAAGGAAGUAAUUUAGAUUUAAGUGUCUGGAUAAAUACAUACUUCAAAGCAUCAGGCAUUUUUUCUUACUCUAGAAAAUACAUUGCUGAUCAGUCAGACAGUGCUGUGCCUCUCACUGAUGAAAAUGGCACAUUUUCUUUCUCAAAUAAAUGAACAAGCUGUAGGCACAACCUGAACUUCAUGUUGCGUUUCUCCAUAUCAGGAAAGCAGAGAUUCCUUAAAAUUGUUUCUUAAACAAGGAAGUCUACCUAUUAUAUUUAUUUUUCCUUCCAAGGUACAAAGACAUCGUGGUUGAAGAAAGGAAGUAUAACCAUUAAAUGCUGCAUGGAUCUAUGACACUUGAAAAUAGCAAGAAGUUCUGAAGGCAUUCACAGGUCUUAUUUAAAUGAGAAGAAUAUCCAGAGAGUUUUUUAAAAAUUCAUGUUAGUUGUGAAUUUUUCAAGAGCUUCAGUACAACUUGUAGCAGUUGUAACGCGUAUGUUUCUACAAUUUUUGGUUACCUUGGAGCCUCUGAUUCUUCACCAGAUUCAGAGAUUUCAUGCAUCAUGCAAACCCACAGUUCUGCAGUCUGCUGAUGUAGUCAACUGGAAUAUGUCUGAGCAAGUCUGCAAUAUCUGCUGAGCAUCUCCAGAAAAGCAGACAGCACAUAAUCACUCCGGAAUUGUACAUUCUGUUUUUAAACGUUGUUCACAUAUGUAUUAUUUGGAUACAUACAGAAGGAAGAACAGAGCUUUUUUUUUUUUUCAGCUUGUGUUUGCAUUUGUGUACUCGGUAGUGAGGAAGGAGGGGCAGCCUAAAACAAGACUUCAGUAGUAGUGCAGGCAAGGCCAUAAGGCUCAUUAACAGUCAACUGGCAGCAGACUAAUUAGGGUUUAUCUGUGGCAGGCCUCUGUAUCCAGCAGCCAGAUUCUGACUCUUCUUCAUUACUUACACAUGUGCAUGUGAGUGCAGAACGACUGCUGUGUCUGUAAGGCUCUUUCAUGCUCCUAUUUUGAAACAGCAUUUGGAAAGAUGAGAAAAUAAUGUUUCUUAGAGAAAUGUGACAGUGUUUGACCCAGAGACAGCCCAUGCUGAACCUUAAAAUAGGAGCUGGUAAGAGUGGGAGUUUGCUGCACGUCAUGACAUCUGUAUACAUCAUCUCAGAAAGCAUUUGUAAGCAAUCCAUGUGGGUGCUUCUUCUACUACCUAUUGCUCCAACGAAUUGUUAUCACCAACCAGUGGCAAGACAGUUUUGGAACAAAUAAAAUUCCAGAUUAUUUUAAGCUUCCUUCCUCCUUCUGCCUCUUCUUCAGCAACUGAGCGCUGGUAAUAGACACAAAAUUCCCUUUAAACUAAGCAUGUGAAUUUACCAUUUUGGUUGUUUUUCUUACGAAAAAAAAUAAUCCUCAUUAUUUUUAAUCUUAUGAACCAUAUCCCAUUUACAUACACUGAUUCUGAAUAGAAAGAAAAUCCUGCUCCUUUUGCCAUUUCCCACCACUGUGGGAUGCCAACUGCCACUCAGAGCUGUCGUGAGCUUACAUUUCUCCUCACCUUUCCAAAGCCCUCUUCAUUUGUUCUGCAAAGUCAAUUGGCAUUUUCAGAGCUCAGCACCAUUUCAGAAUGGUAAUUUCUAAGUGCCUGGUGUGUAUUUCAAGAAUGUUUUCAGUCUUCCACUUGCAUUGUAAGUUUCAGCAGCUCCAUCGCUUUUAUUUUUAAUCCAGCAUCCAGGUGGCUGAUAGCCAGAUGUGCUGGGAACUGUUCUAUUAUUUAAAACCUGCUUCACUUGAACUGUUUCCUAUCUCGCAGCUCACAAAGAUCUCUAUGAACAAAACCUGACCAGCUAUUGGAACGGAUGCCUCAGGCUGAAGUCUUGAAUGCACAAUAUUUUUAAAAUGUGGGCAUGCUGAUACUGCAUAAGCUUUUUGUAACAACCCCCACUCCAUGCGUCAUUUAGUUACAGAGGUGGUGUGCUAAAGAAAGAGGUGCCAGGAAUGCUGUUUUGGUUAAUGACUUUGUGCAACCCUCUGUUCACUAAACUGAACCAAUACAAAUGCCGUUCUAGGAUUUCAGGCUGAAUAAAAGGUUUUAGAUAAUAACUUUUAGUAUUUCCCAUUGAUUUUCAUUGUUGCUACAGGCAGAAAUAACUUGUUCUGCAUCUUCCAAAUGCAAGCUGAGCGAAGAAAAGCGCAUCUAGACUUUUGCUACACUAGUUAAAAGCUUGGCACAAAUCUAUGCUGUGUUCCAUUAAGCAUACAAAGCAGGAAAAUUACUAGUGCAGGCGUAGGGACACAUUCUUCAAAACUUCCUUGUAAUUAUGUGAAGCUUUUCUUACUACUGUCCAUCAUAUAUGAAAUAGUAUUCAUUGAAUGUAACUAAAAAGCAUAUUGCAGCAAUGCAGUCAUGCUGGUCAGUAUUACCGCUGCUUAGUCCGCAGAAGCAGCGGAGCUUAUAUACACUGAUAAAAAAAUCAUUCUAAAAUUACAUAGCACAAUCAGAAAGCAGGCCAAAAAGAGGAACUGGGGGCUUGGAACGGGGGAUUAGAGGGUCUGCUGCAGGGUAACUUGUGCCAAGCUGAAAUCUCUUAUGCUGAUUCUUAGCAUAUUAGAAAGGUUGCAGUAACAGGAAAAGCUUUUUGUAUCAGUAAAUCAUUGUUAUGGUGUACGUAUGUCAAAGUGUCUCCAUCAGCAUGAACAGAGUUAGAGCCAGAAGUCACUUGGCAAAGAGGAGCAAGCCAAAGGUAAGCUAAAUCAACACGGCACAUGAGUAUUGUUCUCUUCACUGAAUUUUGUUGCACAGUUUCCUUUAGUACAUGAGGUAACUACAUAUGUCAUCUGACUGUACUAAAAUUGCUCUGCAGGCCAGCAGAAGUUCUUAAGUGCAGAUUAAACUUUGCCCAUGAUCUUUAAAAUGCUGCUUACUGAGUAUUUUCUGAAGGAAGCAGUCACUCGCAUCUCAGAAGAAGCUACAGAUCUUAGCAAGGACUUACCUUGCUACAUCCAUAUCCAUAUUACCCAAGAUUUCAAAAUAAGAACAAAAUAAAGUGGGCCACAUCUGAAAGUUUCACUCUUUUUACAGGUGUUAAUAUCAUAGCUGAGAACAGAAACUGAGUUUGCAUUUCCAUCUAACAAAAGCAAACCCUUGAAGAAUAAUCGAUGCAAAUUGUAACAUAAGCGAGUAGAAAACCUUUCCCUUCUUGUCAAAUCAGAUGUAUCUAUUCCAUUGCUUGCCCAAGUGAGAAAAUCCAGUGUUUAAAUUCUCAGAUAAGCAUUAACACUGGGGUACAUAUACAGAACCGUUUAGGUAGGAAGAGGUUUGCAGUGACUAAUGAGGUUUAUGCUGUUUCUCUUCUAAGAAGGUAGCAUGUGCCAUAGUUGGGUUAAUUUAUUUAACUUUCUCUCACAACUCAGUUUAGAAAAAUUAUUUGAUCGAAGAGAACCACAUUAACUCUAUUCUUGGUACAACCACUGAUCACGGAAUACAACAUUUAAAUGGUAAAUUACACAUUACAUAAUAAACAAACGCUUCUCAGCCUUCCAUGCACACUCUUAAAAUGAGAGAAUAUCAGAAAUGCAACCAAUGCACCUCCCCUACAAUUUCCUCAGUCAUUUUAAGGAGAAUCAGAGCAUCUGUAUAAGGCAGUGUGCUUAGUUCUAAUAUAAAAAAAAAACCUGUUCUGUCUGCAAAGUUACCUUUUCAUUGGAAGAUACGCCUAGCCCCGAAAACAGCAU